AUGGAGCGCUGCCCCAGUCUGGGGGUCACCCUCUACGCCCUGGUGGUGGUCCUGGGACUGCGGGCAGCACCGGCCGGCGGCCAGCACUAUCUGCACAUCCGCCCGGCGCCCAGCGACAACCUGCCCCUGGUGGACCUCAUCGAACACCCAGACCCUAUCUUUGACCCUAAGGAGAAGGAUCUGAACGAGACGCUGCUGCGCUCGCUGCUCGGGGGCCACUACGACCCGGGCUUCAUGGCCACUUCGCCCCCCGAGGACCGGCCCGGAGGGGGCGGGGGACCGGCUGGAGGUGCCGAGGACCUGGCGGAGCUGGACCAGCUGCUGCGGCAGAGGCCGUCGGGGGCCAUGCCGAGCGAGAUCAAAGGGCUGGAGUUCUCCGAGGGCUUGGCCCAAGGCAAGAAGCAACGCCUGAGCAAGAAGCUGAGGAGGAAGUUACAGAUGUGGCUGUGGUCACAGACCUUCUGCCCGGUGCUGUACGCGUGGAACGACCUGGGCAGCCGCUUUUGGCCGCGCUAUGUGAAGGUGGGCAGCUGCUUCAGCAAGCGCUCGUGCUCUGUGCCCGAGGGCAUGGUGUGUAAGCCAUCCAAGUCUGUGCACCUCACGGUGCUGCGGUGGCGCUGUCAGCGGCGCGGGGGUCAGCGCUGCGGCUGGAUUCCCAUCCAGUACCCCAUCAUUUCCGAGUGUAAGUGUUCCUGCUAG